UGUAAGUGUCGCACCUUUCUCUGAGAGUCUGUUAUCAGCACGCCGUUGUAUGAAUUCGAUUUAUUUAAUUUCUUUUCUUUUCUAAAAUCCGUAUUAAUUUAAUUAGUUUUAACCGAGGUCUGUUAAACUCAGAUAACCUAGUUUUAUCCCAGUAAGGUCUUUUAAUUAGAAUUAUAGAUAUGGCUACUGAUAGCUGGGCCCAGGCUGUGGAUCAACAAGAGGCUGCAGCUGUGUCGAUAAGCAACCUUCAGCUGAAUGAUAAAGAAAAAGAGAAGGAGAAAGUAAAGGAACAGCAGAAAGCCGUCGAACCAACAGCAGAGGAAAAUGGUGCAAGAGCAGAGGGAGCAAAAGGAGAUAAAAGUGAAGAGGAGGAAAAGGAUGACACAGCGGCUCAAUCACUUUUAAACAAGUUGAUACGAAGCAAUCUAGUCAACACCACCAACCAAGUGGAAGUUCUCCAGAGGGAUCCAACCUCUCCACUUUACUCAGUCAGAUCAUUCGAGGAGCUGCGAUUAAAACCUCAGCUGCUGCAGGGUGUUUACGCCAUGGGCUUCAACAGACCCUCCAAAAUUCAAGAAAACGCCUUGCCCAUGAUGCUUGCUGAACCCCCACAGAAUCUCAUAGCUCAGUCCCAGUCAGGUACUGGUAAGACUGCUGCUUUUGUCCUGGCAAUGCUUAGUCACGUAGAUCCCAACAACAAAUAUCCUCAGUGCUUGUGUGUGUCACCCACAUAUGAGCUGGCCCUCCAAACUGGCAAGGUCAUCGAGCAGAUGGGCAAAUUUUACCCCGAAGUCCAACUGAUGUACGCAAUCAGAGGAAACAAACUGGACAGAGGCAUGAAGAUCAAGGAGCAGAUUGUGAUCGGUACCCCCGGCACAGUCCUGGACUGGUGUCAAAAGUUCAAAUUUAUCGACCCCAAGAAAAUCAAAGUGUUUGUGUUGGACGAGGCAGAUGUGAUGAUCGCCACACAGGGUCACCAGGACCAGAGCAUCCGCAUCCAGAGGAUGUUGCCCAAAACCAGUCAGAUGCUCCUGUUUUCCGCCACAUUUGAAGAAUCCGUGUGGAACUUUGCAGAGCGCAUCGUCCAAGAUGCAAACAUCAUUAAACUGAAGCGGGAAGAAGAGACGCUCGACACCAUAAAGCAGUACUACGUGGUGUGCAACGAUAGAGAAGAGAAGUUCCAGGCUCUGUGCAACAUCUACGGAGCCAUCACAAUCGCCCAGGCCAUGAUCUUCUGCCACACGAGGAAAACGGCAGGGUGGCUCGCAGGAGAGCUGUCUAAGGAGGGCCAUCAGGUGGCGCUGCUGAGUGGAGAGAUGCAGGUUGAGCAAAGAGCCGCCGUUAUCGAACGAUUCCGCAACGGCAAGGAGAAAGUGCUGGUCACCACAAACGUCUGCGCCAGAGGUAUCGACGUGGAGCAGGUUUCUGUCGUCAUCAACUUUGAUUUACCAGUGGACAAAGACGGAAACCCCGACAACGAGACGUACCUGCACAGGAUCGGACGCACCGGUCGAUUCGGCAAGAGGGGGAUCGCGAUCAACAUGGUGGACAGCAGGCACAGCAUGAACGUCCUAAACCGCAUUCAGGAACACUUCAAUAAGAAAAUCGAGAAGCUGGACACGGACGAUCUGGAUGAAAUCGAGAAGAUAGCGAACUGAGGAGAGGAACUCACUCCUUCAGCAUCACUGUGUUUGAGCGAUGGUUGCCCUGGACUAGAACUAUGCCAAGCACGUUUACAUUUUAACAUUUAGUAUUAUUUCACUCUUUGUACUUCUUAAUAAACUCCGAAUGUGUCGUGAUUCUGUUGUGUGAGUGAAUAUUGAAAGUGAAUUUUAUUUGGAUGGGUUGUACUUGUGGCCGCUUACAUAUUUUUUUCCUGCUGUGUAUUUAUAUGAAAUUCUGAUUGGAGAAACUUAAGAAACUGGGUUUUAUCUAGUGUCUUCAAGCUUGUACACAGUGUUCAUUAUUACAGUUUUUACUUCCUAUUGAUCUAUUUAAACACAACUAAAAGUGUGUAUGCGGCAUUAAAAAUGAAUCAAACAUUCACUGAAUGUCAAUCAUGUUUUUCCAAUCUAUACCUCAAACAUCAGUACUCAUAAUACGGACGUUAUUAUGUUAAAUGAAGCUGCCAAAGUGUAAAAGUAAUUAUGCAUAGCCAAAGUCUAGUGCCUGUACUGCUUCACCUAAACGUGAAAUUCUCAGAAUGAUGUAUUGUAAAUAAAUCGCAGUAUUUUUAAGAAGUGAAAAGAGUGAAAUCUUAUAAACAAAUGGAAUUAAAGGGGUUUUAUUAAUGAUAAACGUGUGCAGUGGUGACAGAGUUCUUGGGGUUAUGUUAACAUUGCAGGGUGGAAGAUUUUACGACGUGCACGGCCGUAUGAUUGUAUGACAGCUUUUAUUUUGUGGACUGUUACACUGAGCACCUGUGUGCUACACACAUGCUUCAGGGUCACCAUCCACGCAUGUUGUGUUUUCUGUUAAACCUUAACAGUGCUCAACCCUUUUUAUUUCCAGUACAUCACUGACAUGACAUUA